UCUCUGUUAUCCUGGAGCCCUAUCUACUUAAACCUCACCUUGCCUCUUCACGAAACCAAGAAGCCCCUCAAUUCUCCAAGUCUCUUACUUUAAUGGCGGUUUCUAUCAAAGCUGCGGCCUUCGCUGCUCUCAAUCUCAACAACCCAACUCCCAGCCCUCGUUCUGUUAACAAUGCUUCCAUUUUCUUUAUACCCGUGGGCUCAAAGACCGAGAUGAGCAUCUCAGUUGGCGCUAAAGGGAAUUUGAGCUCGUUGAGGGGCGGGAGUGGACUUCUUGAGAGGCCCACCUUUGAUCAGUCCCAGUUUGACCCAAUUCCUGAGGCUGAAGAAGGGGGAGACAUUGGACGAUUGAAGGAUAAGAAAAGUCUUGGGAGUGGAGACAGCUAUAGGGUUUUACUAAUUGAUGAUGCACGUCACUCCGAGAAGUUAGUGGAAAAGGCAUUGCCACAAGUGGUUCCAUCCGUAACUGUCAGUGAGGCAAGGAAGCUCUUUCAUGAAUCUCGAGAAAAUGGGGUUGCAGUUGUUAUUGUUACUGUGAAGGAGCAUGCUGAAUUCUACGCGCAGAUGAUGAUACGCUUUGGACUUCGAUCAGCCAUUGAGCCAGAGUCAGAUAUGGCUGCAUGAGUUUGAUUCAACUGACAGCUUGUAACUGCAUUCUACAUCAAGUUUUGGACUUUCAGAGCAACCUUUCCUCUGAAAUUUUGAUUUCUAUGACUACUAGCAAAUGUUUUCCUGAAGGAAAUUGUAGACAGAACAUGGGGGAUGUAUUGAAAUAGCGAGAGAUCCAUUGAUAUCACUGUUAUGUACUCAUAUUUGAACUAAUAGAAUUGGAUAAGCAUAUACAUUGUCCUAAAAUUUCUAGUC